AUGGACCAAAACUUUGUCAUUCUCUCUUUAGAGUACUCAUACUUGAUAAACUCCCUGGUGGGGUUUUUCGAAUCCAACUCUGGUCUCUGGCAGAACCAAGAGUCCUAUUCACACACACUCAUGCCCUAUCCAGAAAGCAAGGGCCAAAAAGCCCCCAGAAUCAUCGACAACUUGGCUUCUUUAAGAUCCACGCUGAUGAUGUUGAACAAUAACGGAAUGGGCGAAAGCAAUCACAUCAAAUUGAUCGAGCCUCAGCUUGCUAGCCAGCUCAUCACCGUCAGCAUCAAUGGAAAUGAAACAUUCAUCAACAACUCAAGAACUGAAAUCCUCAAGGCUUACCACCACGUCAAUUUCAAGCGCAUUCCUUUGAGAACGCUGGAAGUGGAAAAGAUCGGGGCAAACUUUGCCCAUCGGCUCGACGCAAUUGCCAAAAGAUGCAAUGUUGAGAUCAUCAUCAGCAGCAUGGACACAGACUUCAAGGCUCCUCCGAAAACGUCUACGACCACUUCUGUUUUCAUUCUCGGAAGCACCGAUAACACCUGUUUGGCUGAAACAGAAACGAAAAUCUUGAUCGAUACCUUGUUGAGAAACUGCCUUGUGGACCGUGUUUCUGUUCCGCUUUCACUUAUUCCUAUUAUUGGUGGACCUGGCUUGGCAAACUUUGCCGAAAUCACUCGCCAGCUGAAUGUCACCAUAUAUUUGCCUUAUCUCAUGCCUCUGAUUUUCCACUCGGAAGUUUUGGAAACGAAUGAUGACAUGAAAAUAUGGAUGACGUCAAACAAAACAUCGGAGGUGAAACUCACCAUGGCCAAUGUUGGUGACCUCAUUGAUGUCGUGGAUCCUAGAAAAUCUUCCGACGCAAAAUUAUAUACCCAGACCGUGGAGUUCCCAAAAGAAAAACUUGAUUUGGUAGGCGUCUACCAUCAAAAUGACAUUUCGAAUAUUAUGCUCAAACAUGGCGUUUAUAUUCAGAUACCAAGCUUUGGCGAACCAGGAAACAACAAAGUCAUCGUACAAGGAAACAGCAAGGACACGGUUUCGAGCGCGAUCGAAGAACUUAGCACCCUUAGUGGUAGUUUUUAUGGUCUUAACUUGAAGUUUCGUAAAGGCCUAGCAUCUGCCGAACUCGAGUACUACUUCAUCAAUCUUAUCAGCAACAAGAAAACGUGUGUUCUCACAUACAACGAAAAUGGCAUUUACAUAAUAGGUGAAAGGUCGGAGGUGAGAUGUUUGCUAAGGGAAUUUGUUUCCAACUCAAACGCUACAACCUUCUUUACGUCGAUGAUGAGUGAACUAGACGCGAAGCUUCUGAUUGAGUUUAGCAUGGAACUCAACAACCUGCAAAAAGAGUUCUUAAGUGGGAAGAAAAAUGGCAAGAUUGCAAAGAUAUUGAACCAGCUCAACCAUAUCCCCACUAUCAAAUACGAACAUUUGAACGAUUUGAACUUCAUCAUCAAGACAAGCGUCGAUGCCGAGACUAGUUACAAAAACAAACAGCUCUUAUCUUCUUUUGAGAUUUUGAACCAAGCAGUGAAAUUGAUUGAAAUGGAGAUGCCAGCAGAAAUGCACUUCAAUAUUCCCGAGGUGUUCCACAAAAGUAUAAUUGGAAACGGAGGCUCCACUAUCCAAUCGAUCAUGAAGCGAUACAAUGUUUUCAUCAAGUUUUCGAGCUCGGCAGGAACGAAAAACAAGACGAAUGAUAAAGUUUCAGAGGGAAAGAUCUUGUAUCUGUUCAAGAGACGAGACAAUGUGUUGAUAAAAUGCCCGAUGAAGAACCUGAAAAAUAUCUUGUUCGUGAAGCACGAAAUUGACCAGCUUGUAUCUCAAUGCUGUCAGAACAAAUGCCCUCCUCUGAACGGGAUAUCUGCAAUAUACCACAAUGUGGACGUUAAGCUCUACAGAAGUCACUAUUCCAUGCUUAUCAAGAAAAUGAAGUACGAUCUUCGGUUCAUUAAUGAGCUCGAGGCAGAACAUGGGACUUUCAUUUCAUUUCCCUCUUCAUUACAGAGCUUCCUGAAUAACAGCUCUUUCCUAGUGUCCAUCAAAGGUGGCGAAAUGAAUACAAAAAUUUGCGCUCAACGGUUGGCCCAGCUUUUCCCCCAGUCAUACGAGUUCCAGUUGACGUAUUGCCCCGGCAAAUUCGAGGAGUUGAUCAGCCACAAGAACCAGGAGUUCCGUGACAAAAUAGUGAUUCCCUUGAAGUUGCUUUUGGACAUUGAGAUCGAUUUCUUCACCCUUUUGCAAGCACAGCCGUGCUUCCACCAACUUAUUCUCAGCUCCUAUGACGAAAAAAACUUGGGCGUUGCUGUCCAAAUCAUGACGCAUUUCCUUCGGGAAAAGCAGUUUUUGAUCAUCAAUAAGCAGGAGUUGAAGACCGAAAGCAUUUACUCCGACACGGCGCUGGAGUCGUCGCCUACGAAAAAAAACAGCGGGAACCGCAAUCGAUCACCCACAAGAUCGCCCAACAAAAACCACAAAAGACCGCUCAAAAGCAUCACCAAUGAACCUGUCAAGAACAAGAAAGUGCCAACGCCAGAUCUUCGCCUGCGCAUGACAGAAUGUGGGGUACGACCAUAA